CCGGCUGCGGCCGCGAGACCAGAGCCAGCGAGCUAGCGAGCGGCCGCGCUCCGGCCAGCCCCGAGUGCAGCGAAGGGCCAGGGCUUGCGGCGAGGAGCGGCGCAUCCCCGCGCGGCCGCCGGGCCCCAGCCCAGCAACCAGGCAGGCACAGCGCCAUCGGGCCGAGCUGAGCGCAGCGCCCCGAAGCCGAGCGCGCCGUUGCCCGCGCCCCGAGUCCCGCGCCGGGGAAUGCGCCCUCGGCGCGCCGGCCAGGGGGCGCCCGCAGCCCACCCGGGGGGAGGCGGCCCCGAGCGCCCCUGAGCCUUCCCAUGGCCCGGGCUGGGGCCCGGGGCCUCAGCCGCUGACGCGCUUGAAGCCCUCGGAACCCGUUAAGCCGGGGCCGCGGCGCUGACCCGUGUUCAGGCACAGCGGCGAGAGGGCGCGGGCAGGGCCAUGGCCCCGGGGGGCCGCUAGCCCGGGCCGGCCCAACCGGGAGCGGCUCUGCGGCCGCCGCCGCCGCCCGGGAGCCCAGGCCCCGCCGCCGCGGAAGAGGUGUCCAGACAGCCGAGCUUGCUUCCCGGGUCCUCGGCCCCUCCCACAAUGCCUGUCGCUGGCCUCCUCCUCUGGGCUUCCCUAGUGAUUGGGGCCUGGCCAGCCGCCCCCUUCCAGGACCACCUCCCGGCCACGCCUCGGGUCCGGCUCUCAUUCAAAGAGCUGAAGGCCACAGGCACCGCCCACUUCUUCAACUUCCUGCUCAACACCACCGACUACCGCAUCCUGCUCAAGGACGAGGACCACGACCGCAUGUACGUGGGCAGCAAGGACUACGUGCUGUCCCUGGACCUGCACGACAUCAACCGCGAGCCGCUCAUUAUCCACUGGGCGGCCUCCCCGCAGCGCAUUGAGGAGUGCGUGCUCUCAGGCAAGGAUGGCAACGGUGAGUGCGGGAACUUCGUCAGGCUCAUCCAGCCCUGGAACCGAACGCACCUGUACGUGUGUGGGACCGGCGCCUACAACCCCAUGUGCGCUUAUGUCAACCGUGGCCGCCGCGCCCAGGCCGCUCCCUGGACCCAGAUGCAGGUGGCCCGAGGCCGAGGCAGCAGAGCCACGGAUGGCGCCCUCCGCCCGACGCCCACAGCCCCACGCCAGGACUACAUCUUCUACCUGGAGCCCGAGAGACUCGAGUCAGGGAAGGGCAAGUGUCCGUACGACCCCAAGCUGGACACAGCCUCGGCCCUCAUCAAUGAGGAGCUCUAUGCUGGUGUGUACAUCGACUUCAUGGGCACGGACGCAGCCAUCUUCCGUACCCUGGGAAAGCAGACGGCUAUGCGCACAGACCAGUACAACUCCCGGUGGCUCAAUGACCCGUCUUUCAUCCACGCGGAGCUCAUCCCCGACAGCGCCGAGCGCAAUGACGACAAGCUCUACUUCUUCUUCCGCGAGCGGUCGGCAGAGACGUCGCAGAGCCCCGCGGUGUACGCCCGCAUCGGGCGGAUCUGCCUGAACGACGACGGUGGCCACUGCUGCCUGGUCAACAAGUGGAGCACGUUCCUGAAGGCGCGGCUGGUGUGCUCCGUGCCGGGCGAGGACGGCAUCGAGACGCACUUUGAUGAGCUCCAGGAUGUGUUUGUCCAGCAGACCCAGGACGUGAGGAACCCCGUCAUUUAUGCUGUCUUUACCUCCUCCGGCUCCGUGUUCCGAGGCUCGGCCGUGUGCGUGUACUCCAUGGCGGACAUACGCAUGGUCUUCAACGGGCCUUUCGCCCACAAGGAGGGCCCCAACUACCAGUGGAUGCCCUUCUCGGGGAAGAUGCCCUACCCACGGCCCGGCACGUGCCCUGGCGGGACCUUCACACCGUCCAUGAAGUCCACCAAGGACUAUCCCGACGAAGUGAUCAACUUCAUGCGCAGCCACCCCCUCAUGUACCAGGCCGUGUACCCGCUGCAGCGGCGACCCCUGGUGGUCCGCACGGGUGCUCCCUACCGGCUCACCACUGUCGCCGUGGACCAGGUGGAUGCAGCCGACGGGCGCUAUGAGGUGCUUUUCCUGGGCACAGACCGCGGGACAGUGCAGAAGGUCAUCGUGCUACCCAAGGAUGACCAGGAGAUGGAGGAGCUCAUGCUGGAGGAAGUGGAGGUCUUCAAGGAACCAGCCCCAGUGAAGACCAUGACCAUCUCUUCCAAGAGGCAACAACUGUACGUGGCCUCCGCUGUGGGUGUCACCCACCUGAGCCUGCACCGUUGCCAGGCCUACGGGGCUGCCUGUGCCGACUGCUGCCUCGCCCGGGACCCCUACUGUGCCUGGGACGGCCAGGCCUGUUCGCGCUACACGGCGUCCUCCAAGAGGCGGAGCCGCCGGCAGGACGUCCGGCACGGGAACCCCAUCAGGCAGUGCCGCGGCUUCAACUCCAACGCCAACAAGAACGCCGUGGAGUCGGUGCAGUACGGCGUGGCGGGCAGCGCCGCCUUCCUGGAGUGCCAGCCCCGCUCGCCCCAGGCCACCGUGAAGUGGCUGUUCCAGCGAGACCCCAGUGACCGGCGCCGGGAGAUCCGCGCCGAGGACCGCUUCCUGCGCACCGAGCAGGGCCUGCUGCUUCGCGCCCUGCAGCUCAGCGACCGCGGCCUGUACUCCUGCACGGCCACCGAGAACAACUUCAAACACGUCGUCACGCGGGUGCAGCUGCACGUGCUGGGCCGGGACGCUGUCCACGCUGCCCUCUUCCCGCCGCCGGCCGCCAGCGCCCCGCCCCCCGCAGGCGCCGGGCCCCCCACCCCCUCCUACCAGGAGCUGGCCCAGCUGCUGGCCCAGCCCGAAGUGGGCCUCAUCCACCAGUACUGCCAGGGCUACUGGCGCCACGUGCCCCCCAGCCCCCGGGAGGCUCCGGGGGUGCCCAGGCCCCCCGACCCCCAGGACCAGAAGAAGGCCCGCAACCGCCGCCACCACCCGCCGGACACCUGAGGCCAGCUGCUGGAGCCUGGCCACGGGCCAGCCGGUCCCUCAUCCCUUUUAAUAUAAAAGAUAUAUAGAUAUAUAUAUAUAUAAAAAUAUCUAUAUUCUAUACACACCCUGCCCCUGCAGAGACAGUAUUUAUUGGUGGGUUGUACAGAGCCUGCCUCCGCGGCAGCGUCGUCCGGAACUCAGACCCACGCCGGUCAGAGACGGCAGGAAACCGGCCGCCCGAGCGGGCCCAGCCAGCGGGUAGGGCCCGGCCAGGACCGCACAGGCCCCGGCUCAGCUGGGGGUCCGCCUGCCCGCCAGCCGCCGCUGAGACCCACAGGACACCGGGAGGGAGCCCGCCCGCCCCCCACCCAGACCGGCGCGGGCUGCGCACCGUUGCCGGCGUGCGCCGUCCCCCGAGCCGCCCUGCGGACUGAGGACUGCUUCGGAGACUGGGGGUGGGCGGGGCUCAGACGCCCUCGGAGCGGGAGGGGAGGAGGGGCCGGCACCGGAUGCCCGCCCCUGCCUGGGAGGGGGCACUCAGUCAAGGCCAGCCCCUUCCCCGGUAUUUAUUCUCUAUUUAUUGGGGACUAGAGAAGGGGAGCCCCGCGUGGGGCUCCUGCCCCCUCCCCUCCCCUCCCCGCCUGGCCGUGCUACCUCCUCGCUUUGUCUGCGCCACUGACUCAGGGGCUGGGGGAACAGCCGAGGGGCCGGGCGCAAGCAGGGCUGAGGGCAGAGGGGGCCGCGGCGGAGGCUUGGGGCCUGCAGGCCGCCCGCGCUCCCUGGUGCCCACCGCUUCAGAUGAUGGGUGUAAAUAGCUCAGGGGGGCCGCUGGGGCGGGGGGUGGGGCUCCUGGCGGCCCUCUGCUGCCCAGGCCACCGCCACCCUUGGGUUCCACCUUGUUAAUAAACACUGGCUCUGGGACUGGA